AUGCUACGGAGCGGAUGUCGCUAUCCUAUUAUCGUCGUGCAUCAGCAAAAGAUGCUUACUUCGUCACUCUUCGGUGGCUUGCGGGCAGCUCGAUCUUCAGUUGUCAUUACCAGAAAUCUUGCGGCAGCACAAAAAGCUACAGACCCUAUUCAACAACUUUUCUUAGACAAGAUCAGGGAAUACAAACAGAAGAGCGCAGGUGGCAAACUUGUUGAACCAAGCCCAGCAAUUGAAAAGGAGAUGAAAGCGGAACUGGAAAAGUUGGAGCGACAGUAUGGUGGAGGCUCUGGAGUAGACAUGACCGCAUUCCCUGCUUUUAAAUUUGAAGAGCCCAAAAUAGACUCCAUCGAUGAACAAGCAGCCCAGAAGAAG